AUGAUUAAAAGCGAAAACAUUCCAAUUGAUAACAUUAACUAUAAUUUAAAAAUUGAAGAAAAAGAUGAUGAUAAUAAAAAAACUAAAAAGGUAUGUGAAUUAAUAAAUUGUAAUGAUAAAAAUAUGAUUAAUUAUAUAUAUAAAGAUAUAGUUUCCGAAGGAAGGGUAUAUGAAAUACAAAAUAUAAACAAUUUUAACAACUAUAAGAAUGAAGAUAAUAACAAUUAUGAUAUAAAUAAAGACAAAACAAUUAUGAGCGUACUUGAUAUGAAUGAAAGAGCAAAAGCUCACAAUAAUAUGCAUAAAUCCGAUGCCAACUAUGAAAUUUGUAUAGAAGAAAAUAAUGAUGUUACAACUGAGUUAAUUAACCCUGAAACAUCGAAGAAAGAGUCACUUCAUAAUAUUGUUCCUCGACCUCAAACAUAUAAUAAUAAUAAUAAAAAAGAAAAUUUAACUAAAAAUAAAUUAGAAAUACCAGAGACACAUUUGAAAAGUUCAAAAAAUACUAUAUUAAUAAAAAAGACGGAUCAAAAAUUAUACCCAACUCAAGAAAAAAUAUCAAAUGCAAUAAACAAAAGCAAAAAUGAAAAUAAUGAUUAUGAACAAACAACCUUAAAUGAUAAAAUAUUAGAAAAUAUUCCGAAAGAAAAUACUGAAAAUUUGGAUGAAAAACAAAUAAUAUAUAAUUCAAAACAAAAUGAUCAAAAAGUAGAAACUAAUUUACCUUUAAAUGCCCAAAAAAUAUAUUUACACAUUUUUAAAAAUUACAAAACAUAUCAAAUAUUAAAUGUAUUGAAUAUUAUUUCCAAAGAACAUAUAUAUACCAAAAGUUAUCAUUCAGAUAAUUAUGUCGAGAAAUUUGAACAAACAUCAAAUAUAAAAUUUAACGAUUUAAUAAGCUAUAAUGAUCUAGAUAUAAACCCUGAACAAAUACAAACAAAUAUCAUGAAAAAUGAAGAUAAUCCUAAGGAUAAUAUUAUUGAUAACAAUAAAACCAGUAAUAAUAUAUUGCCUUUUUUAAAAUCAAUGAGCAGAAAUGAAAAAUUAAUAUACUUAUCACUUUUGAAAAAUAUAGAUAAACAUAUUUUACAAAGUAUUAAUAAAAAUGUUUUUUUUUUAAAAAGAAUACAACAAUAUUUCUAUAGAAAAUAUAUUCACAUUAAAUUUCCAAAUGAUUUAGAUAAUUAUUAUUAUUUUAUAAAUAUAGAUUGGUUUAAUAAACUUAAAAAUUUUUUGUUUACUGAUUCUGGAGAAUUUCCAGGUGAAAUUACAAAUUAUAAAUUAUAUAACAAUGAAAACAUUAAUGUAAUGAAUUUUGAAGAUAUCACAAAUAUAGAAAAUUUUAAAUCUGAUUUAAAAGAAGGUAGAGAUUAUAUAUGUAUUAACAAAUAUAUGUGGAGAUUCUUAUAUUAUACAUUUAAAGGUGGACCAUGUAUUAAACGAAAUAGUAAUAAUAUAUAUGAUAAAUUUGUAUCUAUAUCAAAUAAUGAUAUACCUAAUAAUAAUAUUAUUUAUUCAUUAGAAUCACAAUACAUAGAUAAAUUAUUUUCAUUAUUUAAUUACUUUCAUGAUGAUACUAUAAAUAUAGAAAAUGAUUCACAAAACGAAAAUCAAAUAAAAACAAAAAAAUAUUUUGCUGAUUCUUAUCACGACCUUUUAAUAUAUUAUAAAUUAGCAAAUGAAAAUCCCAAUACAAAUAUUAAUUAUAAUAAUAAAGAAGAAAACCGUUUUGACAAAAAAAAACCUAUUGAUAAUGUACCCCCCAUUAUAUCCAAUAAUUCAAAUAAAGAGUUGAAUCCUUCAAAAAAUAAUAUAAUCAAUAAAACUACAAUCCGUGAACUUUCCUUAAAUUCGGAUAAUCAAGGUAGAACACCUAAUAAAGAGGUAGCAAAUAGAAAUAAUUUCAAAGGUCCUCAAAGAAAGGGUCCAGAGAGAGCUAAUAAUAGUGCUACCCAAAAUAAUGGCAGUAAAAAUAACGCUACUCAAAAUAAUGGCAGUAAAAAUAACGCUACCCAAAAUAAUGGAAGUAAAAAUAACGCUACCCAAAAUAAUGGCAGUAAAAAUAACUCUAACCAAAACAGCGGCGGUCAAAAUAACACUAACAAAAAUAAUGGUGAUCAAAAUGAAGAUGACAAAAACCGAGACGAUAAAAAUAGUGAUAAUCAAAAUAGGAGUAAUAGUGACACCAGUCAAUCCAACAGUAACGAUGGAAGCGUAAGAAAAAAGGAGAUGCAGACGAAUAUUGCGAAUAAAAAUAAAAGUGGUAAACCGAAAUAUAGCUCAAACAAAGCUAAUAACCCCGAAAUUGGAAAUAUGAAAAGAGAAUACUCUGAUGGAAAUAACAAUAAAAGUGCUAGCACCGAAUAUAAUGACCAUGUUAAUAAUGACCAUGUUAAUAAUGACCGUGUUAAUAAUGACCGUGUUAAUAAUGACCGUGUUAAUAAUAAUUCUUCCAAAAAAAACACCAAUUUUAAAGGUCAUAAAAAUAUAGAAAAUAAAAUGAACCCUCAAAAUGGAACAUUAAAUAGUAAUAAUGAUACUAAUCAAAAUUAUUUGGCACUUCAUAAUACAUCAUCAAAAAAAAAUUCUAUUACUUACCAUUCAUCAAAUGGAAAUGAUAUUUAUAAAUCUUGUGAAGAAUAUAAUAACGGUGUUACAUCAAGUAAUGGAUAUGUUACUACAACUGAAACAGAUUCUAAAGGAACGAUAGAAAAUAUUUUGAAAAAUAAUCUUAAUAAAAAAAAACAUCAAAAUAAUGCCAACAGUAGUAGUUGUACUAAUAUGAGCAGUACCAAUAGCAGUUGUAGUUAUAACAGUGAACAUAAUAAAUCUGAGAAAGGUGAUAGGAAUUAUUCACCAGGAAUAAAUAAACAAGUUAGUGAAAAUAAAAUCAAUAAUAUCAUGAAUCAUCCUGAAAAAGAAAAUAUACAAAAAAAUGAACAAAUUAAUAGUAUGAAUAAAGAUAUAUCAAAAAAUAAUAAUACAAUGAUAACAUACAAAAGCAGUUGCUCUAGUGACAGUAGUAAUGCUGCCAAUAGCAGUAGUUAUCAAACAAAAAGUAGCAAUAGUAGCAAUUUUAGUAUACGUGAUCAAAGUUCUUCUAAUUUUAAUAGUGAUACUUAUAAAACGAAUAAGAAAAAUUUAAUGGAAGAAAAUAAAGAAAAUGAAGAUGUAAAUAGUAUAGUAAAAAUAGAACAUCCAGCCGGUAUUAUAAAUUAUUCUACUACUUGUUAUGUUAAUGUAGUUAUGCAAUGCUUAUCAGUUUUUCGAAUAUUUAUAUACACAUUACACAAUUAUGUAACAGGGAAAUUUAAGGAUUCCAAUGCAUCAAGUGAUGAUAGUAAUAAUAAAAAUAACUCAAUUGUUAAUAAAAAUUUUUUUACAAAUUCUAUACCUUUUAAUUUAUUUGGAAAUAAUAAUAAAAAUAAUAAUGAACUUUUACUUAUAUCACUUUCAAACAAAUUAUUUGAAUUAAGUAAAAUGCAUAAUACCCCAAAAGUAAUCGAAAUUAAUAGAUUUUUAAAUUUAUUAAAUCAAAAAUAUUCUUAUUUAUUUGAAUGUAAUGAACAACAAGAUUGUCAUGAGUUCCUUUUAUUAGUUUUUGAUUAUAUUCAUAAUAUGAUGAAAAUAGUUGAUGAAUCAGUUGAUAAAAAUAAUCAAAUCGAUUAUUAUCUAAAAAAAGAGCAAUCAAUUAUAUCAGAUCAAUUCUUAGGUUUAAUUGAAGAAAAAAUUACAUGCUCUAAUUGUGAAUAUGUUAAUUGUAUAUAUCAGCCUAUUUAUAAUUUAAGUGUUAAUUUUUUUAAAAAAAAUACAGAAAAUAAUUUAAAUGAUAAUCUUGUUGAAUAUUUUAAAAAAGAAGAAGUUAAUUCUACUUGUGAAAAAUGUAAAUCAACAAAAAUGUAUAGAUGCUCUUAUGUAUACAAACAACCCAAAAUUCUAAUUGUUCAUUUAAUUCGAUUGUUAGAAGAUGGAUCGAAAAUAGAUAAACCUAUCAAAUUUGAUAUCUCCAACUUUAACAUUCAAAAUGUAUUAAAGAAGGAAAACGAUCAUUUUAUUGAACCGCCAAAAAAUUAUGAUCUAUGUGGUGUUAUUGUUCAUAGGGGUCUCAAUUCGAAUUAUGGCCAUUAUAUAUGCUACACUAAAAGAGUACAUUCCAAUGGAAAAACAGUGUGGUAUAAAUUUGAUGACAGCUUAGUGCGAAUGGUCGAUAUUAAAGAAGUGGCAUCAGCCAAAGCCUAUUGUCUUUUUUACGAAAGCAAAUAA